AUGUUUCUCAGAAGUACUCUGCUGGGAAUUAUUCUGUUCAGCAUCCUCUGGACAGAAACUACUCUGGCUGGCUCUAGUUUUUUAAGCCCUGAAUAUAAAAAAACACAGCAAAGGGAUCCAAAAAAACCCACAGCACAAUUACAUCGUCGAGGCACAGAAGGCUUUUGGGAUACAGAUGAAGCAGGAGCAGAAGAUGACAGAAACAGUAUUGAAAUUAAGUUUAAUGUUCCCUUUGAAAUCAGUGUCAAGAUAACAGAAGAAGAGUAUCAAGAAUAUGGACAAGCGCUGGAGAAGAUGCUAGGGGACAUGCUUGAAGAGAAUGCUAAAGAAACUCAGAUGAAAAACUGAGACAAGGUGAAGGACAAAGACAGCACUAGAUGGCCUGAUUUGUUUUAAAUUUUACUUUAAAAUUAAAUUAUUACUGAUUUCACAACUCUAAAGAAGAAAGAAGUGUGUGAACCUGAACAGUUUGCCCUGACAGACUUUGGAACGGAUUACUUUUUAAGGAAGAAUACGAGACCUAGAGCCAAAAAUAAAGGGCAAAUCACAGGCUGACAUGUAGGCUUAUUUUCUUAUUUUAUCUCUUUUCCUUAGUAAAUAUAGUGAUUACUCUAAAUGAUGUAUUUGAAGGCUAUAUGAAUACUUCUAAAACUGGUGGAAACCUCU